GGGAGCAGGGGUGGGCGUUCCUGCGUGUUCGUUGGCUGACUUUGGAUGCCGAGAAGCUUUUUCUCCCGUUCACGACCAGCGGCUCUCCCGAUGUUUCUGCCUACCCUCGUGGAGGACAUGCAUCAUUUUAAGCCUAGUCGAGACAGACUGUACACCACUAGGUGUUGUGGAUGUUGCCAUGUCCGGACGGGGACCAUCAUCCUGGGGACAUGGUACAUGGUUGUCAACCUGUUGAUGGGCAUCUUGCUGACCGUAGCGGUGACCCACCCAGAGAACGUGCCCACCAUCGACUUGCAAUAUGAGGUCAUCUCCAACAGGAUGUCUGAGAAUGCCUGUGUUGGAUUUGCCAUCUCUCUGCUGAUGCUCACUAUCAGUGCCAUGAUGGUGUAUGGAGCCAUUACUCAUCGCGAUGGCUGGCUCAUCCCGUUUUUCUGCUACCAGCUGUUUGACUUUGCUCUGAGCUGCCUGGUGGCCAUCAGUUCUCUCACCUACCUACCCAGGAUCAAGGACUACCUGGACCAGCUGCCGGAUUUCCCAUACAAAGAUAACCUCCUCUCUCUGGACUCCAGCUGCCUGCUGCUCUUUGUGCUGGUCUUCUUUGCCUUCCUCAUCAUCCUCAAGGCUUACUUGAUCAACUGUGUGUGGAACUGCUACAAGUACAUCAACAACAGGAACAUGCCAGAAAUUGCUGUUUACAAUGCCUUUGAGACCCCUCCCCAGUACAUCCUGCCCACUUACGAGAUGGCAAUGAAGAUGCCAGAGAAGGAACCACCUCCCCCUUACAUGCCCGCUUAAGCGUCAGCACCAGUUGUUGUCAAAACACACAGUGAAACACAUAUGCACACACACACACUCAUUAUAUUGCAUUCUUACAUUCCCUCACUAACCCUUUCCGAACACCAUUACGCCCUUACCCCCCCCCCACCACCUACUGUGUAUGUGUAAGGCCACUGAAGACGCUUCGUUCAACCCCAACCGCCGUAUUUCUUAAGAGUGUCAAUAGAGGUGUGAGAGGAGAAACGUGGGAAAGACUGAGAUUUGUGUGAAAUAAAGAAAUGAAUGAAUGAAUGUGAUUAUUGAAGAUCAAUGGAAGAUACCAGCCCGUUUUCCCUCUGGCCUUUUUUAUGUCUUAUUAAAAGGGAUACAUGUGAAAAUUAAAUUGCUUGAAAUGCUCUCAUCAAUCCAGCGCCAUCCUGUCUAUAGAUUGAUAUAUGAAUUGUAAAAAAAA